AUGGUAACCACCGAGAAGUUGAAGCCCGCCAAGAGGGUGACUGGCCAGAGACAGGAUGUCUGCCCCACCAAGGGCCGUCCUAGGUUGAAGAAGGCCAUCGCCGAUGCCUACUCUCCCUUUUGGGGCCGGACCAUCGAUCCGGAGACCGAGGUUACCAUUACCACGGGUGCUAAUGAGGGAAUGCUGAGCGCCUUUAUGGCGUUUAUCGAGGAAGGCGACGAGGUGAUUGUCUUUGAGCCCUUCUUUGAUCAAUAUAUCAGCAACAUCGAGAUGGCCGGCGGCAAGAUCGUCUAUGUGCCUAUGAGCCCGCCCAAGGACGGAGCGUCCGUGACCUCGUCGGCGGCCAACUGGACCAUUGACUUUGACGACUUGGAGCGCGCCUUCACGCCGAGGACUAAAAUGAUUGUCCUCAACACGCCGCACAACCCCGUCGGCAAGAUCUACUCCAAGGAGGAGCUCGAGCGUAUCGGCGACCUCUGCGUCAAGAACCAAGUCAUCAUUCUCUCCGACGAGGUGUACGACCGCCUCUUCUACGUGCCCUUUACCCGAAUCGCCACUCUCUCACCCGAGAUUGAGAAGCUCACUCUCACUGUGGGUUCUGCGGGCAAGAACUUUUACGCCACUGGCUGGCGCGUAGGUUGGCUCAUCGGCCCCGCCGAACUGAUCCAGUACGUCUCCGCCGCGCACACGCGCAUCUGCUACUCGUCCGUCUCUCCGCUCCAGGAGGCGUGCGCCGUCGGGUUCGAGCAAGCGGGCGAGCACGGCUUCUGGGAGGAGUCCAUCCGCGAUAUGAAGGGCAAGAUGGACCGGUUCAACGAGGUCUUUGACGAGCUGGGCCUGCCCUACUCCGACCCGGAGGGCGGCUACUUUGUCCUCGUCAACAUGAGCAAGGUCCGCCUGCCCGCCGACUACCCGUUCCCUCCGCACGUGGCCGCCCGCCCCCGCGAUUUCCAGCUGGCGUGGUUCCUCAUCCAGGAGCUCGGCGUCGCCGCGAUCCCCCACCGAGUUUUACACCGACGCCAACGCAAUUUCCUUCUGAUCACAAAACCCGACGUGGCUCUCUUCGAGACCCGCUUGCGGGUGGAAUCGAAUGCUGCCUGCCCUGGUGGGAUCGGCCCGGAUCUUCACCUGCGAUUGGCCGUCCACAUCCAAGCCAAGCGUUCCAAGGAUCUAGAUCGGCCCAUCUUGUUUAUUGCCUCAUGCUUAGGUGGUAUCAUACUUGCCCAGGCUCUCGUCCUCGCUGCCAAGAAAAAUAGCGACAUAGGAGAGUCGACAUACGCCCUCGAGCAACUCAUUCGAGACUUCACAAGCGAAUACCAGCAUAUCAGUAGAAACUGCCAGUUAGCUAUAUUCUAUGAAAUGCAAAAACUAAUCUUUUACGGAAUGGUUUGCCUCGUCGCGUUGCAGAUUUCCUCAAGGACGCAGAACUGCGAGACUAAGGAUAGAGCGGAUCUCAGGCGAUUUUUGCACAUUGACCAGUGCUAUAUCAACCUUGCCCUAGUCGAGCACACUAGUGACGACGCGACGAACAGCUCAGGUAGUGAAAAUGAUAUACCCCAAUCAUCUCCAUUUUCACUUACAUCUCGGCUCAAGAUUGAGAAGCUAGAUGCAACACAGACCAUAGCAUUACCGGCCCUCUUUGACCAACGGAAGCUAGAUGCGUUGUGCUUUACCUGGGACGAAGGCUUCGAUUCGAAAGAGGGCCCUAAGACCAUGACCACUGUAUACUGUGCUAUCCAGAACAAGCUAUGGAAAAAGGAUAUCCUUCGCCUUCAACCGAAGGGAGAAGCCGGGCAGCGUAUGAAGAACGCGCUCAUGGCGCUGCUUAAGGAUCUGGACUGGCGCGUUCGAGAGGCAGCUGCCUCGGCGCUCGGAGAGCAAUCGAGCCUCUCCGAGGCAGCAGCAAACGCCCUCACGGCGCUGCGCAAGGAUCCAGACUGGCGUGUUCGACGGGAAGCUGCCUCAGCGCUCGGAAAGCAAUCGAGCGUCUCCGAGGCGGUAGCGAACGCCCUCACAGCGCUGCUCAAGGAUCCAAACUCGCGCGUUCAACACGCAGCUGCCCUAGCGCUUAGAAGGCAAUCGAGCCCCUCCGAGGCGGCAGCGAACGCCCUCAUAGCGCUGCUUAAGGAUCUGGACUUAGACAUUCGAAAGGAAGCUGCCUUAGUGCUUGGAAAACAAUCGAGCCUCUCUGAGGCGGCAGCGAACAUCCUCAUAGCGCUACUUAAGGAUUUAGACUCAGGUGUUCGAUGGGAAGCUGCCUUAGCACUUAGAAAGCAAUCGAGCCUCUCUGAGGCAGUAGCGAAUGCCCUCAUGGCGCUGCUCAAGGAUCCAGACUCACGCGUUCGACAGGCAGCUGCCUCGGCGCUUGGAAGGCAAUCGAGCCCCUCUGAGGCGGCAGCGAACGCCCUCACAGCGCUACUCAAGGAUCUGGACUCGGACGUUCGACAGGCAGCUGCCUUGGCGCUCGUAGAGCAAUCGAGCGUCUCCAAGGCAGCAGAGAACACCCUCACAGCACUACUCAAGGAUCUGGACUGGCGCGUUCGACGGGCAGCUGCCUCGGCGCUCGGAAAGCAAUCGAGCCUCUCCGAGGCGGUAGCGAACACCCUCACAGCGCUGCUCAAGGAUCCAGACUCGCGUGUUCGACGGGCAGCUGCCUCAGCGCUUGGAAGGCAAUCGAGCCCCUCCGAGGCGGCAGCGAACGCCCUCAUAGCGCUGCUCAAGGAUCCGGACUCGCCGAACGCCCUCAUAGCGCUGCUUAAGGAUCUGGACUGGCGCGUUCGACGGGCAGCUGCCUCAGCGCUCGGAAGGCAAUCAAGCCCCUCUGAAGCGGCAGCGAACGCCCUCACGGCGCUGGUCAAGGAUCUGGACUGGCGCGUUCGACGGGCAGCUGCCUCAGCGCUCGGAAGGCAAUCAAGCCCCUCUGAAGCGGCAGCGAACGCCCUCAUGGCGCUGGUCAAGGAUCUGGACUGGCGCGUUCGACGGGCAGCUGCCUCAGCGCUCGGAAGGCAAUCAAGCCCCUCUGAAGCGGCAGCGAACGCCCUCACGGCGCUGGUCAAGGAUCUAGACUCGGAUGUUCGACAGGCAGCUGCCUCAGCGCUUGGAAAGCAAUCAAGCCUCUCUGAGGCGGCAGAGAACGCCCUCAUAGCGCUGAUUAAGGAUCCAAACUCAGAUAUUCGACAGGAAGCUGCCUUAGCGCUUGGAAGGCAAGCGAGCCUCUCCGAGGCGGUAGCGAACGCCCUUAUAGCGCUGCUUAAAGAUUCAAAGCUGCUCGUUCGACGGGAAGCUGCCUUAGCGCUCGGAAAGAAAUCUAGCCUCUCUGAGGCGGCAGCGAACGCCCUCAUAGUGCUGCUUAAGGAUCCAGACUCGGACGUUCGAUGGGCAGCUGCCUCGGCGCUUGGAAGGCAAUCGAGCCUCUCCGAGGUGGUAGCGAACGCCCUCAUAGCGCUGCUCAAGGAUUCAAAGCUGCUCAUUCGACGGGAAGCUGCCUCAGCACUCGGAAAACAAUCGAGCCUCUCCGAGGCAGGAGCGAACGCCUUCGCGGCCCUGCUCAAGGAUCAGCACUGGCUUGUUCAAUCAGCAGCUACUGACGUGCUCGGAAACCAAUGGGAUAGAAUGGUUCAACGAAAGUCAAAGCUUGUGUAUUGA